AUGCUCUACUCAACAACGGCUUGUCCCAUCGGGAAGUCGCUCGUCAGACGGGUCGCUCAAGACGAACUAUUGACCGUUAUGCAAGGAAUCCGCAAGAAUACGGCACAGCAAUACAUUCUGGACGGCACAGGCUGCUAUUGGUUCAAGCUGAACGAGACGUCUGUCGAAAAGCAUCAAACUCUACGAAGUCCGCCAACCAAAUAAGAUCCGAAAUUCCUGAAAACGUCUCGAAGAACACCAUCUUACGAACAAUUCAUCGGUCCGGUCGACUUGUGAAUACUCCAAUGAAGGCAGCACCUCGUCUACAGCAACGCCAUAAGAAUGAACGGCUCCAGUUUGCACGCUCUAACAUGGCCACGGAUUGGAAUAAGGUAUCAAUGUUUUCUAUCACCUUAUGAUUCCCAAUUUUUCUGUUCAGAUCAUCUGCAGCGACGAGAAGAAAUUCAACCUUGAUGGGCCAGAUGGGUACGCUCACUACUGUAGAGAUUUGAGGAAAGAUCCGAUGUACUUCUCCAAGAGAAACUUCGGCGGCGGCAGCCUCAUGGUCUGGGCGGCUUUCUGCGGCAACGGGACGGUAGCUCUUUCUUUUAUUGGGACCAGAACGAUUUCGCAAGACUACCAGCAACUGCUUGCCCAGCAUCUCCUGCCCUAUCUCCGUUGCCGACGACGUGCUAAUAUGAUUUUCCAACAAUACAAUGCAUCUGUUCACGCGAGCAACUCCACAUUGGCUUGGUUUGCGGCCAAUAACGUGGUUCUUCUGGACUGGCCCGCGUUCAGUCCUGACCUCAACCCUGUAGAGAAUUUAUGGUCAGUCCUUGUACGAAGGGUCUACGCGAAUGCCAAGCAGUAUACAACGGUCAACGAUCUGAAAAGAGCGAUUCGUGCCGAGUGGGAUGGUUUGGACAAGUCACUGCUGCAAUCACUCGUUGGCAGCAUGCCGAACAGGAUUUUUCGAAGUCGCUCAGAAACAAGGAGGCAUCACACAUUAUUAA